AUGAACCACAGCAAGAAACAGAAGAAAAGCGGUUUUGAGCGGGACAAAUCUACCGGUUUUGAUGAGGUCCUGCAAGCCGACAUUGACAAGCUUAUCCAGAAGAAGGAGCCAGAAACCGACAUUCCGUCCGGCGAAGUUUUAACUCCCACGAAACCUACCCUUCCCGAGCCCUUUACAGAAAUCGAAGUCACAGUUUCGGAGAUUUCUUCAACCGGCGAUGGACUGGCACUUUCGGACAAUGGUGAUCAUGUCUACGUUGUUCCCUUUACGGUUCCUGGUGACAAGGUGCUCGUGAAAGUGGUGCGACACUUCCCUGUCCUAAAAUACACCAUGGCGGACUUUAUCAAGGUCAUUGAGCCGGGCCAGCAAAGGAAAGACGAAAUGAUAGGAUGCAAGUACUUUGGGGAAUGCUCAGGAUGCCAGCUGCAAAUGCUAUCUUACGAAGAUCAGCUCGCGCACAAGAAGCGCAUCGUGGAAAAGGCCUACGCCAACUUCUCCGGCUUGAUUCCGGAGUUGAUCCCUGCCAUCGGAGACACAUUCCCUUCCCCUCUGCAGUACGGAUAUAGAACAAAGCUCACGCCGCACUUUUCCGUCCCUGGCGGACGAUCGAGAAAGCACAAGGAGUCUCAAGGCCUAACAGAAGUGCCGCCCAUCGGCUACACCUACAAGAACCAACGCCGGGACUUGGAUAUUGAAGACUGCCCGCUCGGUACAGACGUGAUCCGAGAAGGUCUCAAAUCUGAGAGGAAGAAGGUCGCGCAGAACAUCCACAAGUACAAGAAAGGCGCAACCAUUCUCCUCCGCGAGACCACUGCCCGAAUCCCAAAGGACGACCCAAACAUCAACCCGGCGAUUCCAGUCAACUACGAUCUCCAGAACACGCCAGAACAAGAAUCCGGCGACAUCAUCCGCGUCAAGCACGACAACUAUACCGAGGAAAAGCGCUGCGUGACUGACCCCAACGCCGUCUCCGUCGAGUACGUAGACGACUACUUUUUCAGCAACAAAGCCGGCGCCUUCUUCCAAAACAACAACUCCAUCCUCUCGGGAUUCACAGAAUACAUCCGGCAGCGCGCCCUCGCACCUCCUUCCUCCUCUUCAUCCUCUUCCACUUCUACCGCCGCCUCUCCCAUCAAAUACCUCUUAGACGCCUACUCCGGCUCCGGCCUCUUCACGAUAACCCUCUCUCCCCUCUUUAAAUCCAGCCUGGGCGUUGACGUCGCUGGCGACUCAAUCGUCUCCGCGCGUCAAAACGCCCGCAUAAACAGACUCCGCAACACCGGCUUCGCCGCCGCAGACGCAACAACCCUCUUCGCUGAUGUCCCCUACCCGUCCGACCAGACACUGCUCGUCAUCGACCCGCCGCGCAAGGGGUGCAGCGAGGACUUUUUGCGGCAGAUGCUGGAGUAUGGACCCCGAAGGGUGGUGUAUGUCAGUUGUAAUGUGCAUACGCAGGCACGCGACGUGGCGGUUAUGGUUCAGGGUAAUGAGAAGCUGGGAGUCCGAUAUGACAUCGAGAGUAUUCGAGGCUUUGACUUCUUCCCACAGACAGGGCAUGUUGAGGGCGUCGCCAUUCUGAAUAAGGUGACGAUUCCUAAAGCAGUGGCGAAAGAGGAGAAGGCGUGA